CUUUAACAAUUGCCCAGUUGCCCAUCCGACUCUCUCUCUCUCUCAACAACACCCUCUGCUACACACACACUCACCAUGGUCCGCACGUCUACCCUCCUCGCCGCUGCCGUCGCUGCUGGCGUCGCCUCUGCCCAGAUCAACAUCCCGGGCAUCUCCAACCAGUGCGCAUCCGGCGUCGUCGGCCUCGCGCUCGGCCCCCUCUCCUGCCUGCAGCUCACGGGCCUCGUGCCGCUCCUCUCCGACUCUGGCUCGAUCAUCCCAGGCCUGACGUCGUACCUCGGCAACCUGUGCCCCCCCGGGCCAGUGUGCACGCCCGACAACCUCGCCUCGGCCAAGACGGCCGUCGACGCCAACUGCGCCGCCGACGCCAACAGCGGUAACGGCACCGGCCAGAUCCUCAUCACGGUCGUCGACGGCGUGCUCGCCCACUACCCCGAGUUCUUUGCUGGCAUCUGCGCCAAGAACACGACCACAAACAAGUACUGCGUCCCCGAGCUCCUCCAGACGAUCCAGGACGAGACCAAGCAGAACGUGACCCUCGAGUUCCUCGGCGGCCUCAUCUCGGGCAACGCAACGACGCUCAACACGCUCGCGCCCCUCGGCGCCUCGGGCCAUGUCUGCACCGGCUGUCUCGCAACCCUCUACUACGAGCUCGACAAGGCUAACGUUUCCAUCACGACCUCGACCCCCGGCGCGGCGCUCAAGGGCCAGUGCGGUGCCAACUUUGGCGCGUCCGUCCCCUCGGGCGUCGCUGUCGGCGGUGCCAACGCCUCGACCAGCGGUGCUGCCGGCGCGAGCUCGUCGGCGCCUGCCCCCUCGGCGUCGAACAAGCCCUCGGGCGCUGCCACCGGCGCGCUCACCCCGCUCGUUCUCGCCGGCGUGUCGGUGCUUUCGGUCGUCGUUGGCGCCGCUGCCGUGCUCUAAGCGGCGUGAGGCGCUGCGGCAUUGUAUCGUGUCCAUGUCGGCGCAUAAUCCAAGUAGUUGGCGUGGUAGAAAAAUGCACGUUCUUUGCUGUG